AUGUCUUAUCCUAGAUAUGUUCCACAAGGCGUCCAAGGCAUAAGGGUCCCUAUCGACAUCGAAGACACCGCAAUUGCCCUAAUUCCCACCUCGGACAUUGCGAUUCCGGACUUCAAUUCUGUCCCGUUCAAGACCCAGCCGUGGCGUGACGUGCCGUCGAUCAUCAUUACUCAUCUCCAGAUCCCGAAUCCCCUUUCCCCUCCGGAUCCGAACUGGGAAUCACUUCUGCGCUUUUUCUUGACCCCGCAACCAAAUGUCCCUAUCAGCCACGGCCAUGGCAACUUGCAAGACUUGUACAUGUUAGUCACCCGCAUUGUGAUCCCCAAUCUAAUCAUCACCAAUCGAGUCCACAUUUGGGACAUGUAUCUAACGCGUGGCAAUCUCACCACCCGCUGUCUCCUUCGCUACGAUGCCUGGGACUUCCUGCCCCGCUAUCAGCAGCAGUCACCCGCAGUCACGAAGCCACGCCUAUAUGGCGACCGGACUGGAAAUCCGCGCGCCAUUCUGAGGAGCUAUGUAACUCCGGAUGGCGAUGCAUUCCUUGCUUGGCUUAACGCUGCCCCCCAGCUCCCGCCGCAAUGGCCGGUAAAUACCCCCAUCCCUAGCCAAAUGGCCCACCACCCAUCGGUGGAGCUGGAUGUAUACCUCCAUGACAGUGAGGACUGGAUCCGGGGAAUGGAUCCGAGGAUCCUCCUACAACGGUUGGAGCGGGUACUGGAGAUGUUCUGGUGGUUGGCCAGUAACAAUGCCAGGCUGGAGCAGUUCCGAGCAGCUCGGUGGGAGGGAGUGGAGACCUACUGCUUAGCAUGA